GUCAUUUAUCGACAGCUAGACGUACACUGAAUAUUCUUGUAUUUACAUGAAUAAGUGUUUUGAAUUGUGAUCAAGUGGUGAAUUAAAUCGUUAUCAAAAUGCGAUUAUUGUUAUUGGCAGUGAUCUGUUAUUCCCUUUUGCCAUUAUUUCAUACAUACGUCCAUAGAUUCGCGGAUAGAUAUGUGAGUUUUGACGAGCCGUGUACGAUACAAGCAGAUGAUUUACAAUAUGCAAAUGAAUCAUGCACGAAAAAUCCUUGGACUAUUUGGAAUACUUUUGGUGAAAUUACUGAAUUGCAAAUCAUAGGCAAAAAUAGUACAGUGCCCAGACGUUUUGUAGAAAAAAUACCGAACGUGGAAUCACUCAGAAUUCGAAAUAAUAGUUUAACAUCAAUCGAUGGAAUGUCAAUAUGUCAAUGGAAACAAUUGCAAUGGAUUGACGCCGAUUUCAAUAGUUUGGGAAAAUUGACAAAUGGUUUUCUGUUCCAUUGCAAGCAGCUGAAUAAACUGUUGCUUCGCAAUAACAAAAUCAAGGAAAUCGAAUCCGACGCAUUCAUCGGCUUAAAAUCGUUGCGAUAUUUGGAUCUAUCAUCAAACAAACUAACUUAUUUAGAUAAAAAUGUUUUUAAACAGUUAAAAAAAUUGGAAAAUUUGAAUUUGAAUACGAAUCGAAUCCAGAAAAUAGAUUUUGAAUUAUUUCGAUAUAACAUGUUGAUUGGCGUUUUGAGUUUAAGCAAUAAUGAUUUAAAAACGAUUCCAUCUGAAUUAUUUCUAUUGUUGGAAUAUAUAGAAGUUUUUUUUGCUAAUAACAAUCCAAUGUUAGGCAGUAUCGACAUGAGACAUGCGGAUUCGUUGAAGGAAUUGAGCAUAGCCAAUGCGUCCCUGACUAAACUUUUUAUACCAUCAAAUGUGCAAGAGGUGUAUCUAGAUAAUAAUCAAAUAUCUCAAAUAUUCGUUGAACCAAACAACACAUUAGUUGAUUUGAGUCUGGGAGGUAAUCGCAUUACUAGUCCACUACUUGAAGGAAACUUCAAUCAUUUGAAACGUUUAUCUUUGCAUGAAAAUCCAAUACCAUUACAGUCAAUAAAUGACUUAAGCGUUAUUAGAAUAAAAACAAAAUAUCCAUCGAUUACAUUUUUAUCCAUACCAACUAUAGACGAUAGGAAAGCUGAAAAAAUGAUAUUGGAAGCGGAAGAAAACCAAAUUGUUUUCGCAAUAGAUCGCAAUCGAAACGAUUUACGUUUUGACAUUCUAUACGAUUUGAAGUAUUUACAAUUUGAGAACCAAAAUUAAAAGUUUUUUAUAACAUCUUCAAUAAGAAAAUACUUCACAAACAAGUGGAAAAAUCUUAUCGUUGCAAAAACAAAUGAAUAAUACUGUACCAAUCAGAUGGUUGGGUUUUUAUUUAAGAAAAAAAUUAUCUAAUAAAUACUUUUUCUAUCAUUUCUAUUUCAUUUGCAAGAAGUCUUCAGCUAAUUUUCUUGCAUAUUAUAUCUAGGUAUAGAUGACGAUGUUACCAUUAUAAACAUCAAACCCCCCUAUCUUCACUUUGUUCAGCUAAACAAUCUUGUGGUUAGUCGGUGAUUUUAUCUAUAACUGU